GCCAUCCAUUUUUGUUCAGUGUAACCAAUUUAAUAGCCCCCACCAAAAGCUCUUUUUCUGCGGAAAUCUCUCACCUCCACCAGUCAUCCAAUUGUCGCCGGCUCUCGCAGACCGCUCUUUUCUGCAAUUUUUCAGCUGCGAUCGCCCCACCGCACCACCUGGUACAAUGAACUGUCGACUCCCGGUGGCUAUCAACCAUUUCAGGAGGCUGUUGAUCCAGCCAGGCCACCACGCCCAGGCGGCUUCAUCGUCCACCUUGACCAGAUACCUCUCUACCACGCGUGUAAACAAUGAAAGGCAAGAAUGUCAAGUCCUGGUGGUUGGUGGAGGCAGUGGUGGAUGUGCCAUGGCCGCUAAACUAUCCAACAGUCUGGGCAGCAACAAGGUGAUAGUCCUGGAGCCUGAAGAUAAACACUAUUACCAACCUAUGCUUACUUUGAUUGGAGGUGGUAUGAAGCGGCUGGACCAAUGCUACAAGAAAAUGGGUGAUGUUCUUCCGAAAAAGGCCAAGUGGAUAAAAGAAAAGGCAAUAGAGUUUCGUCCAAAUGAGAAUACAGUUUCCACUUCUGGUGGUAAGUCCAUCAAGUAUGGUUAUCUUCUCAUUGCCACUGGAUUGCAAUUGAAGUAUGAAAAGAUCCCUGGACUAGUCGAGGCCCUGGAGACCCCGGAUGGCAAUGUUUGCUCCAUUUACUCUCCCAAAUAUGUGGAACAUGUAUACAAGGUCCUUCAAAACACUAAGAAGGGAAACGCAGUGUUCAGCUUUCCCGAUUGUCCCAUUAAGUGUGCCGGAGCACCUCAGAAGAUUGCCUACAUAUCAGAUCAUUAUUUCCGAAAGAUGGGCCGCAGGAACGAUGUUAAUGUCAUUUACAACACGCCUCUUCCAAGCAUUUUUGGAGUACCCCAUUAUGCGAAAGCCCUUUGGAAGGUUGCCAAGCAAAGGGAUAUUAAGGUCAAUCUGAACUGUCGUCUCGUAGAGGUGAAGUCCAAGAAUAAUAUCGCUGUGUUUGAAGAUAUCCAGAAUCCAGGAAAGUUUUUUGAGAUAGAGUACUCUAUGCUUCACGCUACCCCACCAAUGACUCCUCCGGAUGAAUUGAUGAGAUGCAAGGAACUCACCAAUGAUUGCGGAUUCGUUGACGUGGACAGUUCGACGUUGCAGCACAAGAAGUUCUCCAAUGUUUUCGCUAUCGGAGACUCCUCAUCAACACCCAACUCGAAAACUGCGGCCGCAGCAGCUGCCCAGUCGCCUGUUGUAUUUCACAAUCUGAUGUCGGUGAUAAAGGGGAAGAGCCCUAAGGAAAUCUACGACGGUUACUCCUCCUGCCCCAUUGUUACUGGGUACAGCACUUGCAUCCUGGCAGAAUUCGACUACAAUCAGAAGCCGAUGGAGACAUUUCCACUGGACCAGGCCAAGGAAAGAUACACAAUGUUCUUUAUGAAGAAGGAAUUCAUGCCUCUCCUAUACUGGGAAGUGAUGUUGAAGGGCUACUGGAAUGGUCCGGCUUUGCUACGGAAACUGUUUUCUAUUAUCAAGUUUAAUAAAAACUAAAUUCACUGUGAAAUCUUAACAAAUAUAUCUGCUAAAAUAAA